AUGCACAGAGUUCCUCAGUUUGUUUCAAAUAAUAUCGACCAAUUAGAAUUGAAACCCGAAGAUUUAAUCUCGAAUGGGAUCAUUAACGAAAUAGAACUCAAAAGAAAGUUCCCAAUCUUCUACAACAAUUUAAUCAAAGUUGGACUGAUUAAGAAAACCAAGAUCGUAAAAUAUGUUGAAAUGUCAGAGGAUACUUGUGCAUUUAUUAAUAAUUUUUUUAAAUACAACAAAGUUGAAGUUCCACUUUCUGUUGGACUUGAACAAAGCUUUUAUCAUGAACUGUUGGGUAUGAUGCUCAAAAUCCAAGCAACACAAUGUAGAAAUGGUAAAGACGAUGGUCCCGUUAGAUUUGCAGAUUUUUUUGGAUACAAGUUAAAUGUAAAAUAUGAUCAUCAAUAUGAGCUUAUUUAUUUAGAGACGAGUAAUGGACUGUUUGCGGAAAACAAUCAAAAACAUAUAAAUGAGGAUUUUAACCAUCUUUCUAUAUUUUCCAAAGAUGCUGUUAGUCACAAUAUCAGUUUUUUAAGAAAAUUUGAAAAUUAUACUGACGAGUUAGAACCUCUUGUUGACGAACACAAAAUUGGACGUAUAUGUAAACGAUAG